AUGGUGCGAAUCAACCCCGGCGCAUUCUCCUGGAACCAGGUACUUGUGUUUGUGCUGAGGGCGGUUCCGCACGCCAAGGCAAGUAGACAUCCUGCGGAGACGGAGCUGAGGAAGACUUUGUCGAGGCGGGUAUUGCCUUUGGCAAUGCCUGCUCAGGCGACGAGGUUGAUUACUUCGGUGGGGGUGUAUGCGUCUAUACUGAGAGACAUGUUGAGGGUAUCUAUAGAUGUGCAGUGGGUGAGCGGGCGUGUAGUAGGGGCGAGUGAAGACAAGACAGCCCUAUAUACAGCACUGCUGAAUAGAGUUCAGCCCCAGCAUGUCGAGGGUCCCGCUGGGGUUCUUGCCAAGACGGGCCCGGACGAGUCACAGCUUCGCAUCUUAUCAGGACUGAGACGGGCAUGUCGACAUCUCCGCGGUGAUCUCAGCUGCCAAUCAAGGGGAUAUCCCUGCAUCCCCGAUGAACUUAUCAUCUCAAUUGCCGGGGAACAUCUGUUCAUUGACCGAGUGGGGAUCAUCAUGCCUGCGAGUGACUCCAUCAAUGACACUAUUGUGUUGAUCUAUCAUGGCCAUUGUUCUCGUGGCUACUUGUUGGGGGAUGCUUAUCGCGGAGAAGCUUCGUUGAGCGGGACUGAAGUCGAUGGUGGUGAUUUAGAGUUCGAUAAGCGGAUUGUUUGGUCUGGGUUGACAGGAUAG